AUGUCUAAACGCCUAUACCUUGGUCGCCUUCCCAACGUUCAAAAAUUCUUUGACGGAUAUGGUAAAAUUGUUGACUGUCGUGUCAUGUCUGGCUUCGGCUUUGUGGAGUUUGAGAACAGCAGAGAUGCGGAAGACAUUGUCACCAACUUCAAUGGCAAAACCUUUUUGGGCCAAAACAUCAUUGUCGAAUUUGCCAAGGAAAACCGCCGGCGCGACAACUAUGACGACCGCGGACCUCCAGUUCGCUCUCGCAGGCCAGCAGGAUUCCGAGUUAUUGUACAAGGAUUGUCGAGGGAUACCAGUUGGCAGGAUCUCAAGGACUUUGCCCGCGAGGCCGGCUCCGUUUCAUUUGCCGAUGUGGACCGCGAUUCUCCCAAUACAGGUAUCAUCGAGUAUGUUUCACAAAGUGACGCUGAGAAUGCGGUUCGCACCCUAGAUGGUCGUGACCUCCGGGGUGCUCCAGUUCGAGUCACAGCUGAUGAGCGUGGUGGAAGCGGGCGUGAGCGUGAUAGGGACCGUGAUUAUCACCGUCGCGAUCGCUCUCGUUCUCCCCGCCGUGAUCGCGACUACGAUCGCCGAGACCAUCGUGACCGUGACCACAGGGACGAUAGACGUGAUUAUCGGGACGACCGCCGUGAUCACAGGGAUGAUAGGCGCGACCAUCGUGAAAGACGCGAUGACCAUCGUCGCUCUCCCCGUCGUGAUGACAGGGACCUCGACAAUGACCGCUACGGAUACGACCAUAGGAACGACCGCGAUCGUCGUGAUUACUAA